AUGCCAACGAACGAUGGGGGCUGUGCCUCGGCACGGGUACUCAGCUACAACUUCAACAUUCUUCCUCGAGGAAGUGGUGGGUAUCAGCAUGAACGCAUUGAAACCUUUCUUGCUAGCAUCGAUGCCUACGAUGUGGUGCUGCUGCAGGAGGUGUACGCGACGAGCUACUUUCCCUACGUGCUGCAGAAACAGUUGUGCUACCAGAAGAUGCUUCUGGAUGGGCUCAAGGCUAAAGGACUUCACUAUUACGUGAUUUCACGGCAGCCAUCUUAUCUGACCAUGCUGCGGUACAACGUCUGCUCCGACAACGGCCUCAUCAUCGCCUCACGGUUUCCGAUUUGGCACCGCGGCUCCUAUACAUUUCGCAACCACGAACGCGGAGAGGCAACGGUCAGUAAAGGAUGUCUGUUCGCCGAAGUCGAAGUGCCCGCUGCGCACGGUGAGGGAAGCCAGCGUAUUGUGUUCUUCAAUGUACAUCUGCGUCCACAGGACAACCUGCCCUCUGAAUCGUCGCAGAUGCAGCAGGUUCACCGCUUCGUGGAGGCAGCUCUGACCCAGGUGCGGGAGCAGCACAACGGUAACAACGCACCGGGAGUGCGGCAACGGAAGGGUGCGGAGGUGCCGUUUAUCAUUGCUGGUGAUUUCAACAUCUACGGCAUAGACCCGGUGACCGGACACUCAUCAAAGAGGUUCCAGGAGAUGCUGAACCAAUUCCAGGACAUCGGGUCUGUUCGGGACGUCAUUUACGAGGAGACAGGACAAAACCCGCCGACUCGCCCGCCGAUUCUUUUCUUUCCAGAGUUGUCGAAGCUGGAGCGCUACGAGUCAACGCCGCAGCGACAGGACUACUUCUUGGCGGAGGCGCGUAUUCAGGUCGAGAAACCGCACCUGGAGAAGUACGUGGUGAGCCGCCGCCGCCCGUACACGUAUUUGUCGGACCACUUUGGUAUUACCUGCCGUGUGACGUUGCCACUGAACGAGCGUGAUAACUUCCAAGCGCGGUCGUAUUCGCGCCUCAAUGUUUCCUCUCUCGUCGAGGCAGCUAACCACGAACACUCAAACCCCACGUCUGAUGCGCGGCUUGAAGCAGUCCUUAUUGCCGUGCUAGCUUGGUGGCUCUUCUCCUUCAGUUUCACGUCUCUGAUGCUCUGCGCCGCACUCGUUUGGCUGGUGCGCUGGGCUCAGCACUACAGCGCCUCGCCGGUGUUGGGCGAACCGCCUCUGCUGACGAUGGAAGCACUCAAAGAGAAGGGGGACAUGUGCUUCGCCAACACGGCCUUCAAUCCCCUCGCAGGAGUGCGCACGCUCGGGGAAAUGUGGGAGCGCAGUGUGGCCCGCUUCCGAACAUUCAAGUGCCUUGGCGCUACCAGCGAGCUCGGGGAGCCGGAGUGGAUAACGUACGGUACGGUAGACAUCCGUGCGCGAGAGCUCGGCGCUGGUCUCUUGAAAAUGGACUUUCGUGCUGGCGAUCUGAUUGGCGUGGCGUGCGAGCCGAGCCGCAGCAUUGUUAUUCUAGAAGUGGCGUGCGCCUUGUACGGCUUCACAACGGUGCCGCUGGCGGGUAAGCGCAGCACGAUGCGUACUCUGCUGGACCGCCAUAAGAUUCGUGUCGCUGUCGGAGACCGCAACUCCGUGGUGGCGCUCCUCACGUGCCGCUCCACUAAGCUGGAGGCCGUCCUUUACACCAGCGCCUUUGUCGACGAGAGCGAUCACGCGGCAGCGAAGGAUCUGAACAUCCGACUCAUCCCUUUUGAGUUCGUCGAGCAGAAGGGGCGACUGAGCCCGGUCGCACCACUGAAGGAGCACGUGACGACGGACUCGGUCUUCACGUAUACAAUGGACAACACGGAUAGUGUGGCGUGUGGCGACGAGAGUGCGCUGCUGCCAGUGCGCCACUCCACCAUUCUGUACGAUCUGAGCCUGUUGCUGAUGACGGGUGUGCUUCCCUCGUCGUUUAAGGGAGAAUCGAUGGUGUGGUUCAGCCCCAUGGCACUGCUCUUUCAUCGCGUAUGCGUGCUUGGCAUGCUGAGCCAGGGCAAUGCCAUCGCCACUGUCGACGCGGCGCACUUGCAGGAAGCUUUUGUGAAGUUCCACCCUACUCUCCUGGUCACCUCGCCAGCGCUCUUCAGCACGAGCCGCCUGCAGCUUAGCCGCGCGCAGCACCGGCACAGCUCUGUGUACAACUGGUUCUUCAACCGCGCCUUUCAGCUGCGCUCGCGUCUCAUCCACCUCAAACGGCAGGAUAGUUCCCUUCUCCGCUUUAUCUUCUUCCGUGCUUUCCAGGAACAGCUAGGCGGGUGCGUGCGCAAGAUCAUUUUGAGUGUUUCGCAGGAGAGCACCACCUUCAGCCUGCUGGAGCAUAUCAGUGUGUGCUACGUGCCGCUGGUGUGUGAGGUGAGCUACCUAAACUGCGUCGGCGUCUGCACGAUCGAUGGUACGCCAGCGCCGUCGAUGCAGGCCGACUUGGAGCCCAUCAGCGACCUCUCCAACAGUGCCGGUAUCGGUCAGCUGGUCAUCACGAAAAAAGGCGAGCCUCGCAGGCGCCUCGAGAUUGCGGCGCAGUGGAAGCGCGAUGGCACUGCUGUGUUUCUUGGGGCACCGCUGGGCAUCCUCUGGCCAGUUGCAUACCAGUACGCCAUUGCGGCGGAGCUGGAGCGCAUCUUUUCUGUUUCACGAUACGUCAACGCUAUCUUUGUCUACUGUGACUCGCUGAAGCCUAUUAUCGCCGUUGUGUACCCGAACCGCGACACGAUCGAGUUCGAGUGGCACCUGUCCCAUGGCGGCGAUGGCCCAGCGCGGCAGCUCGGCUGGAAAGAGUUGGUUGAGUACGCCAUGUCCAUCAUCUCAGCCGAUCUUGCUAGCAUCGCUGGAGAGGCGCAUCUGCACCCGUCACAAAUUCCCGAGUUUGUGCACCUCUACCCCCACGCGUUCAGCGACCACAGUACAUUCCUCACGCCCUUCGGCAAGAUUCGCCGCGACGCUGUGCACAGCUACUUCAGUUCUGUCUUCGAGAGGCUGUACAACGGUAGCGAAACCCUACCCCUUGCCGCGCUCAGCGUGGACUGGCAGGAGGACGUGAGCGACGCCGAGAGCAGUGUCACGAGGGUAAGCUCUAUGUGUAGUUUUGAUCUUCAGGUGCCGGUUACCAUCGACAUUGGAGGCACGUUUGCGAAGAUCGCCUUCGUCAUGCCUCCCAUGACAGACACAUUGCCGACGUUCCCAUCGAUCAUUCACGAGGCGUCGUCGCUGUCGGAGAAGUUGGGGGUGCGGACAUUUCACUUCUUUGCGGGCGAGGAAGCGGCUAAUAACGAGUUGCGUACGCGGCCUCACUCGCGUGUUGGCACACUGCGUUUCUUGAAGAUCCCCUCCCAGCAGAUCCCGAGAUUCGCUGAUUACCUCGCCAGUAUCCACGCCAUCAAAUACUUCAAGCCGCAGUACACCACUCAGGUGCGCGCCACUGGCGGCGGCGCAUUCAAGUAUGCUUCGACGGCGCGAAGCGUCUUGGGCAUCAACUUCAGCGUUGUGAGGGAGAUGGACGCCGUGGUGAAAGGCCUCAAUCUGGUUCUUCGCAUCGCACCCGAGUCCGUCUUUACGGUGGAUUCAAUAACCGGCGUCCACCAACCACAUCAGCUCGUGAGCAGCGGAGACGGCUUCUCGCCGUUUCCAUACUUGCUCAUCAACAUUGGGUCUGGUAUCUCUUUCAUCAAGUGUACCGGUGCCGACGGCUCGCAUGUGCGUGUAGGUGGCUCCCCCAUCGGCGGUGCUACGUUCUGGGGCCUCAUACGCACCAUGACGAACCUCACGUCGUGGGAGGAGGUCAUUGAGAUUAUGCGGCUGGACGGCCCUGGUGACAACAAGAACAUCGACUUGCUUGUCGGUGACAUCUACGGCUACAAUGCAAAUGACUUGCCUGCUAUGCUAUUUAGUGAGACUGUGGCGAGCACCUUCGGCAAGCUGGGGACGGAGCGCUUUUAUGACCUGAGCCGUGGCGACAGCACCACCCACUUUGCAGACGAUGAUGCGACGGGCGAGAUUCUGUCGCCGAAGGCGUCGAAAGCGUCAUCGAUGGUCUCAAAGCGGCCUGCUCGCAACGGAACGAAGGCGGCAUCAGCCAUUGAUAUUGUGCGAUCUCUACUCAAUAUGAUCGCAAGUAACGUUACGCAGCUUGCGUACCUGCAUGCCCGCCUUCAUGGGGUGCCAAACAUCUUCUUUGCUGGCGGCUUUGUACGCGACAAUGCGAUGAUCUGGAGUUUGAUAAGCUCCACGAUGAAGUACUGGUCCUCCGGGGAGUGCCACGCUCACUUCCUCGAGCAUGACGGCUACCUCGGAGCACUCGGGUGCGCCAUUCUCAACUCUCACAGGGAUGCAACAAACGAGUAG